AUGCGCCUGGCCCAGGUCCUGCUGGUGCUCCUCGCCACGGCCCUCCUCGGCAAUGCCCUCGCCAUCAGCUCCCCAGACACCGUCAUCAACUUCCUCAUGUUUGUCUGCGCCCUCAACUGGAUCGCCAUCCUCUGGGGCCUCGUCACCCACUUCAUCUCCAGCCUCGACAUGCCCAUCAUCUCCAUGGCCCUCGACGGUCUUGCGGCUCUCUUCACCUUUAUCGGCGCCGUCGUCAUCUCGGCCAAGCUCACUGCCGUCAACUGCAGCAACCUCAGCGGCUUUCCCAGCGAUUACGUCGCCUUCGGCUCCGGCGACAACGAGAAGAAGUGCCGUGAGCUGCAAGCCGGCACUGUCUUCUUGUGGUUCCUCCUCCCGCUCCUCUGCGCCACCCUCUUUCUCGCCUUCCGCGAGUUCCGACGCGGCGGCUCGGUUGUCAGCCGGCCCAGCAUGUCCCAGAUCGGCGUGUAG